GUUUUUGUUACGCUGAAAAAUUACAUACCCAAUUUAAAUCUCACUUCCAAAAGACAUAAAAGGAUUGUUUUUUACUUUGUGAAAAUUACAUAUUGACAGUCCUAUUUUGAUGGGCCUAAAAAUGGCCCAAUAGUAAUUAGUUUGGGCAGCAGCAUUUCACCUCUGCGACGGUCGGAGCUCAUCUUCAAUCAUAACUUCAUCUUCUUCAAGCAAAUCAACUAAACUCUGAUCAAUCCAGAAGGAGCGAAAGAGAACUAUAGAUCGGAUGACUAAAUUCCCAACAAACCAUAGUUUAUCCAAAAUUUUCCUUGGACUAAACCGGAAUUUCCACCGGUUCAGAAUUAAACCGGUACGGUACACCCAAUUCAGCAACAACAAACAAAAAUAAACCAGAAUCUCCCGAUCACCGCACUGGUUACAUUCCCGGCGCCGGAAACCGCCUCUACUACCGCGUCGCAGCGAGUAAGCAUGUCUUCUGUCUUCUUCCUCUUAUACUUUUCAUUAGCGUUGAAAUUAAGGUUUGAAUAUACUCGAAAUAAGAUUGGAUAAAUCUUCUGCAAUUCGAAGAAAUUCAACGAGAGAGAGAUUGCUGAAAAAAAACUAACCUAAAAAGCACGUCACAAGGCCGGCGAGAUAUCUUCAACAAUGGUCUUCUUCUCUUUCGAUAAACAACAAAUAAAAAAAUUCCAAAAGGAAGUAAGAAUAGUCGUCUCUCUGACUUCUCUUUAAAAUGAUAAGUCAAAGUAAACAAAUUGAUGCCACGGUGCUUCCUCUUUAGCUUGUGAAUGGUGUAUAAUAAAAACUCUUCCUUGCUCUGACUUUGUCUUUCCCAUUUUACCAAGUCUUUCUUUUUGUCCCCACCAUAGUUGCAAUUCUUGAUUUUCUCUCAGGUUUUGAAUCUUUUGGGUCAUUUGGUCUCUCUUCUGCUGUUUUCCUCUGAAGAUUAGAGCUUUACCAGAGAGAUAACUUGUUGGAGAAGACAAAUGGGAGGUGUUUGUUCUUGUGUAUUCAAAGAUGAUGAUAAGAAGAAGAAGUUGAGAUCAAACGAUGAUGAUAAGUCAAGAGGGUUUUCUGGGAAACUUAAGUCUAUGAGAAGAAGUAAAACCUCUGAUUCUUAUUAUUCAGAUAAUUACGGAGGCUCAAGACGGAAAAGUUCUAAGCCUGAUGAGGUUGUUUUCAACUUUUCUGGCGAGCUUGGUCCGAUGCCUCCAUUAAGGAACGAUUCCACCAAGUUUAUGCAGAGGAACUCGUUUAUGGGACGGGCUGGGGUAAUGGGGCUAGAGAAAGCUGUUGAAGUUCUAGACACGCUCGGGAGCAGCAUGACUCGUAUGAAUCCGAGCAACGCGUAUCUCUCUGGUGUUACAUCGUCCCGUGGUGGCAAAGUCACUAUAUUGGCUUUUGAAGUGGCCAAUACUAUUGCCAAAGGUGCUGCUUUGCUGCAAUCUUUGUCUGAAGAGAAUCUCAAGUUCAUGAAGAAAGAUAUGUUGCAUUCCGAGGAAGUCAAGAAGUUGGUUUCUACGGAUACCACAGAGUUGCAAAUUCUUGCUGCUUCUGACAAAAGGGAGGAACUCGAUCUUUUCUCUGGAGAGGUUAUCAGGUUUGGUAAUAUGUGCAAAGAUCUGCAGUGGCACAAUCUCGAUCGAUAUUUUAUGAAGCUUGACACAGAGAACUCACAGCAUAAACUGCUCAAAGAUGAUGCAGAGGCAAGGAUGCAAGAGCUCGUCACUCUUGCCAGAAUCACUUCUGAGUUAUAUCACGAGUUGCAAGCUUUGGAUAGGUUUGAACAAGAUUACAGGAGAAAGCUUGCAGAAGUAGAGUCUUUAAACCUCCCUCGGAGAGGAGAGGGUAUCGUCAUCUUACAAAAUGAACUAAAACAACAGAAGAAACUCGUGAAGAGCUUACAGAAGAAAUCCCUAUGGUCCCAGAAUCUGGCAGAGAUAAUUGAGAAGCUUGUGGAUGUUGUAAGUUAUAUACGGCAGACGAUUGUGGAAGUUUUUGGCAACAAUGGUCUAAGAGACAAUGAAGGGGAGCAGGGAAGAGAACGAUUAGGUGAAGCCGGUCUUUCGUUACACUAUGCUAAUCUAAUACAACAAAUCGAUAAUAUUGCGUCUCGACCAUCGUCACUUCCUUCUAAUGUAAGGGACACGCUGUACAAUGCAUUACCCGCUACUGUCAAGACAGCUCUUCGUCCUCGGCUACAAACUCUUGAUCAGGAGGAAGAGCUUUCAGUACCUGAGAUCAAAGCUGAAAUGGAGAAGUCGCUUCAAUGGCUUGUCCCGUUCGCUGAAAACACCACCAAGUAAGUAUUCCUUCACCAUCAUUUUUGGUUUAAUAUGUUUCUCCUUGUUCAUUUUGGUCACAUUCAAUUUUCACAGAGCACAUCAAGGCUUCGGAUGGGUAGGUGAAUGGGCAAAUUCAAGGUAAGUCUCUAUCAGCUACUGAAGUUUUAAAUUUUGAAUCUUCAAACUGAUCUAGCAAACUACGAAUUGGUAAUUUGGAAUACAGGAUAGAGUUUGGGAAAGGAAAAGGAAAAGGCGAGAACAACGGGAAUCCAACACGACUUCAGACGCUUCAUCAUGCGGAUAAACCAAUAGUUGAUUCAUAUGUACUCGAACUCGUUGUAUGGCUUCAUCGACUAAUGAAGUCAUCAAAGAAACGUGCUCACGGCGUUAAGCUUCAAGAAACCAACCAUGUCUCUCCACCCAACAACAGAACCAUCUCCAACACGCAACUAUCACUCUCCCCUGACUUCACCUACAAAAACCAGCUCUCUCUAGAAGACAGGUUGUUGUUAGACAGAGUCCAAAGUAUAAGAUUUGGUCCAAAUCUAAGUAAGAGUCAAGAGUUAGUCGGCUUGAAGAAGAACAAGAAAGGAUUCAAGAUUUGGGCACUGAGUAGAAGUACAGGAAACUCUCCAAAAGUUGAUCUUUCAGAUAAGAACUCUUCUAGUGAUUUGGAUGUCCUUGAUGGUUUGGAUUUCGCUUUCCAAUAGGCGCAACACGUUCGGUUUGAGAACCGGUUUUUGAUCAAAUUCUUCUGUAUUUAUAGAUAAAUUCUAUCAUUCUUGUAUAUAAACACAGCAUAUAAGCACAAAACAGUGAUGUAAUAGUUGAUACAGAAACAAAGACACUAUAUGGUUGGUUUAGUUGGAUUUUGUGUUUCAGGUCAACUACUUUCUUUUUUCUCUCCAUCAACUCCUCAGACAAUCUUAAAGAAGCUAACAACUCCAGGUUUGUCUGUCUAUAAGUUCUG